UGGCAGUACACAUAAACCUACACAGUGCACUUUUAGAAUUAUUCGUUAAUCUACCCCACCUGAGUGUUCCCCACCAAUUUCAAAAGGCACCUUUCUACUUCAAACUGUUCAAAGUGUAUCACCUUUCUAAUGUGGUCGGAUUACUCGGGCUGGUAAGGAACCUGGGGGAAGGAUUAUGCAAUUCUUGGACACAAGAAUGGUGUAUAUAAGCUUGAGGAAGGAUUGGAGUAAGUAGAAAGCCAGAGAGUCUCAGCAGGCCAAGUGUUCCAUUGAAUCAGUCCAGCCAAUCUAAGAAAGAUGUACGCGAAAAUCGCCCUCCUCGCCCUGUCGGUUGUUGCAGUAGUUGCCGUUCCUACCCCGGGAGGCGGUGGACACAAACACGUAACCAUCCACGUUCCAUACAAGGUUCACACCAUUCAUCACCAUCACGUCUCCAAAGUACAUGUGCCUGUGCACGUGCCUGUUGUUAAGGAGGUGUCUGUGAUUAAAGAGGUGCCUGUUAUCAAGCACGUGCCUGUGCCUGUCAUCCAGCACGUUCCUGUGCCUGUGAUCAAGAAGGUGGAAGUAGAGAAGCAAGUGUUUGUGCCCAUCCAUCAUCACCAGGAGGAGCACCACCACGGAUGGGAGAGCGAGUCGCUGUCGCACGGCUGGCACUGAUUUAUAUCCAAACAGUAUUUAGUUAUAAGUAAAUUUUAAGUAGAGAAAACGUUCUUGGAAUAUGUUAGUUUGUUUUUUUACAUGUUGAUUUUGAUAUUCUUUGUUCUGUUAAAAAGCGGUCAAAUUAUGUUAUAAACAUUUUCACAAUUAACUAGUCAAAAGAUUGUAAAAAUGUCGAAGAUACCGUUCAACAUUUUAAUUUCAACAUUUUAAACAUAAGAUAUUUUUAUAUGUUAUGUUCAUUUUGUUUGAAUACCUAAACCUUUGUUUCUUUAAAUAAUUCUCUCUCUUCUGAACAAAGAUGUCACGGUUAAAAUAUUAUCGAAUUGUGAAAAA